AUGGCGGCGGCCGCCGCUGGACUGAGCUGGAGGCGGGUGUCUUCCUUCACGGGGCCGGUGCCGCGCUCCCGCCACGGGCACCGCGCGGUAGCCAUCCGCGAGCUGGUCAUUAUCUUCGGGGGCGGCAACGAGGGCAUCGCCGACGAGCUGCACGUCUACAACACCGUUACAAAUCAAUGGUUCCUUCCUGCUGUAAGGGGAGAUAUUCCUCCAGGCUGUGCAGCACAUGGAUUUGUUUGUGAUGGUACCAGAAUACUAGUUUUUGGAGGAAUGGUGGAAUAUGGAAGAUACAGUAAUGAUUUAUAUGAAUUGCAGGCAAGUCGAUGGCUCUGGAAAAAAGUAAAACCUCAAGCUCCUUCCACUGGAUCACCACCAUGUCCUCGACUUGGCCACAGCUUUUCUUUAUAUGGUAACAAGUGCUAUUUAUUUGGUGGCCUGGCAAAUGAAAGUGAGGAUUCAAAUAAUAAUGUUCCCAGAUACUUAAAUGAUUUCUAUGAAUUGGAGCUGCAACAUGGUUCUGGCGUUGUCGGCUGGAGUAUUCCUGUGACCAAAGGGAUCUUGCCAUCUCCUCGAGAAUCUCACACAGCCAUUGUGUACUGCAGAAAAGAUAUAGGAAGUCCAAAGAUGUAUAUUUUUGGAGGGAUGUGUGGCUGUCGGCUUAAUGAUCUCUGGGAACUUGACAUAGAAACCAUGACCUGGUCAAGACCAGAAACUAAAGGGACAGUACCACUUCCUCGCAGUCUCCAUACAGCCAAUGUAAUAGGAAACAAAAUGUAUAUUUUUGGUGGAUGGGUUCCACAGUCAACAGGAGGUGAAAUUUCUACUCAUGAUGGUGAAUGGAAAUGCACUGGUUCAUUCUCUUACCUUAAUUUGGAUACCACAGAAUGGAUAGGUCUGAUCUCAGAUGGCCAGGAGGACAAAAGUAACUCAUUACCAGGUCCAAGAGCAGGACACUGUGCUGUAGCAGUUGGCACUCGUCUGUAUAUCUGGAGUGGUAGAGAUGGUUACAGAAAAGCUUGGAACAAUCAAGUUUGCUGCAAAGAUCUUUGGUACCUUGAUACUGAGAAACCCCCAGCACCAUCACAGGUACAGCUGAUUAGAGCUACAACCAACUCUUUUCAAGUGAAAUGGGAUGAAGUACCUACAGUUGAAGGAUAUCUUCUUCAGUUACAUGCUGACUCACCAGUGCCAUCAGUGGCUGGAAUACCUGCUACUGGGGUUUCUGAGACAUCAGUGCUGAGUUCACAAGGUGGCUCUUCUCUACAUCAGAGUCCACAAUCAUUGCCUAGUGUCCCUUAUCCAGAAGUGAAGGUGGAUCAUCCCUGCCCGACAAAUAAUGUCAUUCCUAAUAAUGUCCAAGUUUCCCUUUCGUCCAACUCAUUAUUAAAAGUAGAAGGAAAAGAAAAGGUUGCAGCAUCUGAAAACAAGAUUACACAGGAGAUUGUGAAAAACCAUGCAGAUGCUACAGGAUUUAAGGAGUCAAAUGCCCCAUCUCUUUUGCCUGUUUGUACUUCAAGUCCUCAGACUUCAGCAAAUGUAGGUGAAUUACAUGACUUGGACAAACGAACUGUAAAUCCUGAUGCUUCUGUAUCCAGUACUGUCUCCAGCACACAAUCUAUGGUAACCCAGCAGGCUGUUAAAACUGAAUCAUCAAGUACAAAUGGGGCAGUUGUUAAAGAUGAAACUUCACUAACAACAUUCAAUUCAAAAUCUGAAGCUGCUGAAACUGCUUGUACCAUGCCUUCGACAAGGGUCAAUGCUGGACAGACAAAUGAUUCACACUCCUCUAAACCUCCACAAAGACAGAUGGCUCCAGUAAAAACAAGAGACCGGCAGUGGUAUGAUGUUGGAAUUUUUAAGAACAACAGUGCUGUGGUGAGCCAGUUCUACUUGCUCCCAGAGGAAACAAUGAGCGUCUCUAACAAGAUGGAAAGUGCAAAUGUACCAGACUACAGGUUACUCAAGAAACAGGAUCUUUUUCCAGGCACAGUGUACAGGUUCAGAGUUGCUGCAAUUAAUGGCUGUGGUGUUGGGCCUUUCAGUAAAAUCAGUGAAUUCAAAACUUGCAUUCCGGGUUUUCCUGGAGCACCCUCAACAGUCAAAAUCACCAAGAGUGUAGACUGUAUUCAUUUAUCUUGGGAGCCUCCUUCAUCACCCUCUGGAAAUAUUUUAGAAUAUUCCGCCUACUUGGCAAUCCGAUCCACACAAUUACAGGAAAAUCCAAGUCAGCUUGUAUUUAUGAGGAUAUACUGUGGUCUUAAAACCUCAUGUGUAGUGACUGCUGCCCAGCUUUCCAAUGCUCAUGUUGAUUGCACUUCCCGACCUGCUAUAGUGUUCAGAAUUUCUGCAAAGAAUGAGAGAGGAUAUGGACCAGCCACACAAGUUCGAUGGCUUCAAGGUAAAGUCAGUGUCAGACGCAGUAUUUAA